AUGGGUAAAUCAUCCAAGGACAAAAGAGAUGUUUAUUAUCGUCUCGCCAAAGAAGAAGGAUGGCGGGCAAGAAGUGCCUUCAAAUUAUUACAGCUGGAUGAAGAAUUCAAUUUCUUGCAAGGUGUCCAAAGGGCUGUAGAUCUUUGUGCUGCUCCAGGAAGUUGGUCUCAAGUACUGUCAAAGCGUCUAAGUGAAAACCACAAGCAAACACCAGAGGAGCCUGAGCCCAAGAUUGUUGCAGUUGAUUUGCAAGCAAUGGCGCCUUUGGAUGGCGUUAUUCAACUCCAAGGUGAUAUCACUAAAAAGUCUACAGCCGAGAAAAUCAUUUCAUAUUUUGAUGGUGGUAUGGCAGACAUUGUCAUCUGUGAUGGUGCACCCGAUGUUACUGGUCUUCAUGACAUGGAUGAAUACAUUCAAGCACAAUUGUUGCUCGCUGCACUCAACAUCACCACACAUGUCCUUCGUCCUGGAGGCACUUUUGUAGCCAAGAUUUUCAGAGGCAAAGACAUCACAUUACUGUACAGUCAACUCAAGAUUUUCUUCCCAAUUGUCACCUGCAGCAAACCUAGAAGCUCUCGUAAUUCCAGUAUCGAAGCAUUCAUUGUGUGUCAGAAUUAUCAACCACCUGCUGAUUAUACACCUACUAUGGCCAAUCCACUCUUGGAUUUACAGUACGAUGGCAUGAACGAAUUGACAGGCCCUAAUAGAACCAUUGUGCCUUUUAUUGCAUGUGGUGAUCUCAAUGGCUACGAUGCUGACAGAACGUACCCCUUAACAUCAUCUUACAAAGCACUGGAUCCAUUACAACCACCCAUUACAGCACCUUACAAGACUGCUAUGGAGUUGAAACGCAAUAACUUUUACAACAAAUAA